CAUUGCAUGUUAAUACAGUGGCCACCAAGGUUACAUAUUAAACCGGUGUGACACUCACUCUCAGGCAGAGAAGGGUGUAAAGCUACCUCUAAGGCAUGUUCACCUGUUGCAUCUUACAAUGGGGGAUUUGACGGACAGUAAUAGCAUAGAUGACCGAGUUCUAUCGGUCGUUCCUCGUAGAGAAGAGGACAUCAAAGUUGUAUUUCACAAAGUUGGCGAUGACGACGACGAUGAACACACAACUGAGAGAAUCAAUUUACAAAGUAACAGUCAUGAUGAGAGGAGCAAUGAUAAGGACGCAAGGACUAGAACAAUGGAAAGCAGCGCGAUGCAAAGAUUCUGUCCUCUCAUAUAUUGUAGAAUUGGCGGCGGCGGGGAUCCCAUCUCAACGGACGCAGGAGACACAGUUGCUAAAGAGAAAAAGCAUUGUCCAGGCCUGGGCCUGUUCUAUGGCCUGCUGGCAACAGUGUUCUUCUCCGUUAUAGCUCUUCUGGUGAAGACAAUCGAUGGAGUCCAUGCUGUAGAAAUCAGUGCCAUUCGCUGCUUCUUCCAGAUGCUGUUUGUUAUGCCUAUGCUUAUCUAUCACAAGACUGGCUUCCUUGGACCAAGAGACAAGCGGAUCUAUUUGGUGAUGAGAGGAUUCUUGGGUUCUAACGCCAUGAUCCUAUUGUUCUAUGCAGUUCAGCAGAUGCCCCUGGCUGAUGCAACAGUCAUCAUGUUCAGCAACCCAGUGUUCACUGCCUUGCUAGCCUGGAUCUUCCUCAAAGAGAAAUGCACAAUCUGGGACUGUGUCUUCACUGUGUUCACACUGGCUGGUGUCAUAAUGAUAGCCAGGCCUCCCUUCAUAUUUGGUGCUCGUAUAGAGGAAAUAGAGGGAGACUACACCAAUCAUCUCAAGGGGACUAUUGCAGCCUUUGGUGGAGCGAUGGGAGCAGCUUGCACUUUCGUAAUACUCAGGAAAAUGGGCAAAAGUGUCCACUACUAUCUGUCCGUGUGGUACUAUGCUGUCAUUGGUUUCAUUGAGUGUUUCAUCACUUUGUUUAUACUUGGUGAAUGGACCAUUCCAUUCUGUGGGAGAGACAGGUGGAUCCUUAUGCUGAUAGCGAUCCUGGGCAUCGCUGGCCAAACGUUCCUCACCAAAGCACUACAGAUCGAGAAGGCCGGCCCUGUGGCCUUGAUGAGGACCGUCGACGUGGUCCUAGCUUUUAUUUUCCAGUUCAUUUUUUUCAAUCGAAAGCCCACCAUGUGGAGUCUCGGUGGGGCAUGUUGUGUGGUCAUCAGUACUUGUGGUGUGGCGCUAAGGAAGUGGUACAGCAACACACACCCAAGAAAGAGCUAAGAACCACACAAAUAAAUUACUUUUUUGCAAGGAAUAAAUUAAAGUUUAUCAGUUAAUAUGUUAGAGUUCAGCAGAUGAGUGAAAACCAACACAAAAAAAACACAGAAAACCAAAGAAGCAAAUGUUACUGUAAGGGUUUAACACAAAACUGGACACAUUUCAGUAUUUACAUCUACAUACUGUACUUAGAAAAUAGGGUUUCUCAAACUUUUUUCUCAACUUUGGUAAGGGUGAUAUGUCAAACCAUAAUGACUCAAAGAACACUUAAAUGGUUCUUUGCAUUUCAGAAAAGGGUUCUUUCAUCUUUUAGUGAUAAUUCAAAUGGAGCGGUGCCAGCUCAUUCACAUGUUUUGGGGCGUGGUUUGCACACAGGUCUUGUGCAGCCGUGAGUGAGUGUCAUUCCAGUUUAUCUAAUAUGUUGUGUUGUGUCAUUAAAAAUGACUCGGAACAGUAAUGGUCUCUUGUUAAGAAGACUCACAUAAAGCCUUGUGUCAAUUGAGAACUGUUGACUAAAUCUCAAUUCUCUCCUCAGAGAACCCCAGCCGUUCCAGAGCUAGCACUUCUGAUUCAACUUGUGAAUUAACAUAGUAAUAACACCAUAAUUUUAACAAUAGAAUAUGGCUAACCCCAUAAGAAGGGUGUUCUAUAUAGCACCAAAAAAGGUUGUAACCUUUUUUUUAUUGGAUCUUUGUAUAACCUUAAAAAAUGGUUCUAUUUAGCACCAAAAAUGGUUCCACUGUGGUUACAAGCCAAAUAGUGGCACUAUAUAGAAUUUUUUUUUUGUCUGUACUGAGUUUAUCAGUACCACGUCAGUACAGUAUAUGCGGUCAUUAAAUAAAAUAAGAAUUUGUUCUUAACUGACUUGCCUAGUUAAAUAAAGGUAAUAUAUAUAUAUAUAUAUAU